UCCUCUUCGUUCCUAUAUACUAGGAACGUAUUAGUAUUCUCUUAAGGUUGUUGGUUCCUUAUCCCUACACCUUAACUUCUUCAACCUAAACUGAUCCAGACUAAUCAAACCCAUGUCCAGAUCACCUGUGGAACUGGAUUUUUUCAGCAUGGAGAGGGAGAGAGACAGGGACAGGAACUCUUCUGCUGCUGAAAGAAAACGAAGCUUUCGUGGCAUUGUAUCCAAGCUCAGUCCGGAGAUUGUGAAGAGUGUGAUUCAAUCUGCUACUUUUGGUGCGGAUAAAUCUCCUGGGCUGGAGAGUCACCCUUAUUACUCACCAUUGAAACUUCAUGCGCCUACCUUUAUGCCGAGUUAUGGUCAUAAUGCCAUUGCUGAAACUGAACAAACGAUGACUGUCUACGAUGGAAAGAUCUUUGAUUUUGAUCUUGAUUUUUUUACCCACAAGACACUUGCUGAUGAAGCAAAAGUCGCAAAAUUUGCUGAAUACUUGAACUUCGAAGUAUCAGUUAUUUCGUAUGAACAAGAUCUUUUGAGAAACCUUGGAAAGUGUUUACCAUAUGCCAGGAGAAAUUCAUUGAAGAAAUUUCUAGAGAAGCGAAAAGAGAGGAGGUUCCUCAAACGUACUUCCAUAUCUGAUGGUAUCUAACUUUCUAACUGGUGUCACCAUAUGACUGACUGCCCCCAUCAAUUAAGCCAAGCAGAAGAUUGAUCAAUUUGGAAUAUUUAGUAGGAAAUAUUGUUGCUUUUGUAUUGUUCAUUGAUCUUGUUUGCUUUAAUUAUAUUCAAUUUAUCCUUUCUUAAAUAAAUAGAAUAAUUUAGUUGG